AUGGAUUAUGAGAAUGGGAAGAAGAGGAAAGUUCGGAACAGACAUCAACUAAAAACACAGUUGUUGUCUCUAAGGUAUCUAAUCGUAUGCCUCUGCUGUUUCUUCGUCUUGCUCUUCUUCUUAUCCUCCGGCAAAGUCUUCACACUCUCCGUCCGUUCCGAUUCCCUGAGACCUUCUCUUCGCGUUCCGGCUCUCUCCGUCUUAUCUUCAAUGGAUUCGAUUCACCGCUCGUUUCACGGCCGAUUCCCUCCGCUGAGAGUCGAGGACAGAGUCAAAUUCCCCGACCACCUGCUCCUGAUUCUCUCGACUCGAAUAGGGAAAGGUGAGAAAAACCUAGUUUGUGUUUAUCACGGCGUAAAGGAAGAGACUUUAGCUUUGCCGGCGAUUUCUACCGACGAAUUCGAUGAGUUUCGAUCGAUUGCUCGGUGCCCCAACGCUCCUUUAAACUUUUCUUCCUCUGUUGAUUUGCAAUUCCAUGGAGAUUUGGUGAAGAAGACGAAGAAGCAGAAACAGAGCAAGGUUCAUAAUUGGGAGAAAGUUGGUUACGAGGCGGUGAUCGACGGCGACACGGUGGUUGUGUUCGUCAAAGGAUUGAAUCGAAGACCUCACAAGGAAUCGGAUCCUUCUUACUACAAAUGCCAAUUCGAAAUUGGGAAAUCUGAUGUUGAAGUUCUGGUGACUAAAGCUGUCGCUGCAGCGCAAGAAGUUGUGAGGUGUGUGUUGCCAGAGAGCUUGAAGCUAAAGGCAGAGACUUUUAAAGUGAGCGUGAUCCACAUCGAUCCCAGAGGAAGAUCCACGCCUGCUUUACCUUCCGUUGCGAGAAUCAACGGUUCGGAUUCGAUCGUGAAGAAGAAGAGUGGGAGGAAUAAGCAUGAGCUCUGUGUUUGCACAAUGCUAUGGAACCAAGCUCCGUUCUUGCGUGAGUGGAUCAUGUACCACUCGUGGCUCGGCGUCGAAAGGUGGUUCAUUUACGACAACAACAGCGACGACGGGUUACAAGAAGAGAUCGGAUCGCUCAACGGAGAGGGUUACAACGUGAGUAGACAUGUCUGGCCGUGGAUCAAGACUCAAGAAGCCGGUUUCUCGCAUUGUGCGGUGAGAGCGAAAGAGGAAUGCAACUGGGUCGGGUUCUUCGAUGUAGACGAGUUCUACUACUUCCCUACGCACCGCUCUCGUGGCUCGCCGAGCAAGAACGCGUUGAGGUCUCUUGUUUCGAACUACACUUCUUGGGAGAUGGUUGGAGAGAUCAGAACGGAAUGUCAUAGCUUCGGUCCGUCCGGUUUAACCACUGUGCCGUCACGAGGCGUGACCGUUGGUUACACUUGUAGGCAAGCGAAUCCGGAGAGGCAUAAGUCGAUAAUAAGACCGGAGAUGGUGACGAGCUCGUUGCUUAACGAGGUUCAUCAUUUUCAGAUGAAGGAAGGAGUAGGGCAUUUGAGUUUGGUGGAGAGUGUUGCUGUUGUGAACCAUUACAAGUACCAGGUUUGGGAGACGUUCAAGGCUAAGUUUUAUAGGAGAGUGGCGACUUAUGUUGUGGACUGGCGAGAGAAUCAGAACCAAGGGUCGAAAGAUCGAGCUCCGGGGCUAGGGACGGAGGCGGUUGAGCCGGUGGAUUGGAAGAGGAGGUUCUGUGAAGUGUGGGAUACUGGUUUGAAGGAUUUGGUUUUGUCGAGUUUUGCUGAUGGAGUUGCUGGUUAUUUGCCUUGGCAGAGGCAACUACAAGAACAAGAAUGA